AUGGCUUCUCCACCGUCUCAAUCGACUACGACCAUGUCGAAUACUAUCCAUACUGAUGAGCUAUCAACAUCAAGCAAUGUACAAGAAGAAACUUAUGAUGUUAUCCAUAAUGGUAAAAGUUUUGAAUGUAAUUCAAGACGAUUGUGUGAUACAGCGCAAAGUAUAAUUAUGUAUGACAAAGAAAUAGGAGCAAAUGCAAGAUUUGUUGUUAACAAAGUAUUAACGAAGCUAAUAUUAAGUGGUGGUGCCACUGAUGAACAACUAUCAAAAGAAUUAGAAAAUCAUGAAAAGAUUGCUGUUGAACAUUAUAUAAAUCGCACAAAAGAGUUGGAACAAAGUUGCGCUACUGCUGAAUUAAAAUAA